AUGCCGCCCAACGGGGGAGACGCGGCCGCCGUGCGCAGCCGCCCGCUUCUUCACUACAAGGACCUGGGGCUGGGCACGCAGAACCGCAAGGUGCGCUUCACCUGCGUGCACGCGUCCGAGAACUUCCUGGCCUGCGGAGCCAACAAUGGCAGCGUGUAUCUGUACGCGACGUCGGCGCUGAGCCGCGGCGAGGGCGACAGCCGUGCCGCCAAGUACCACCUGGUCAAGAUGAUCUCGCCGCCCAGCAACGACCGCGUGGCCGUCACGAGCCUCAGCAUCUGCCCGCUGCAGAAGCGCCUCGUGGUGGGCACCAUGCGCGGCGUCGUGUACGCGAUCCAGCUCUCGGACUACCACAAGAUCGGCGAGAAGGUCGAGUUCUCGCACGACUUCCACGCCGGCUUCCCCAUCACCUGCUUCCUGUGGGACAAGCGCGGCACGAGACUCUUCUCGGCCUGCAAUGCGGGACUCGUGUGCCAGACCGUGCUGCGCGCCGGCAUGUCAGCGAUCUUCGGCAGCACGGACACGGAGCUGCUGCUGAAGGAGGAGACGGGGAUUGUGCAGUUGGAUCUUGCGAAGAGCGGGCGUUCGUACAUUCUAAUGGUGUCGUCGCAGCUGCGCGUUUUGCUGUUGAACCUUACGUCUGGAGACGGGAGUGCUGUGCAGAUUGGCACGAAGGCGCGCCAGGGAGCGUACGGAGCUUGCUUUUUCACGAGUCUCAAUGUCGAGUCGAUAGACCCGGCGAAAAAGCGGGAGAUUCGAGUGUUUUCGUCGCGACCGGGAAGACGUGUGUGGGUUGCCGACCCGCAGACUGGUACGGUUUCGUCGACGCUGAAAUUCUCGCUGAGCAAGAAUCCUUCGCAAUUUCUUCAGAGCCCUGAGUGUGCAAUGGAAGAAGGAAUCCAGCCUCGAAAUCUGACUAUUAACAAGCUAGGGCGCUUUCAGUUUUUGCAAGAUCCUCCCUAUGCGCCCCAAGACGUGAAAGAUGCAACCACACUGCUUGUGAGCUGGAGCGUCGGAUCGAGUGUGUUGUUCUUUCUCGACCCUUUUGCUGUCGAAAUUGUGGAGUGGCAUCUGGACUUGGGUAUUAUCCACGAUUUGAAGAUCGUAAAUGAAACAACGCUAGUAGUUCUGCAUGGUGAAGCACCAAAGGUUUCUUUGAUUCAGUCCUGCUCAGCUGACCAGUUCCUGCAGAUUUAUGGCUCAGAUGAUAUGAAAAGAGCCGUUGAGCUUGCUAUUGAGUUCAAUCUAAAUGAUGCCAUCGUUGUCGACUCGCUGCAAGCUCAAUGGCUGGCCUAUCUUGACAAAAUUGGCGCCAAAUCGGGGGAUUAUGUGGAGCUUACUGCAUCGUUGAAGGCACUUGCGGACAAGACAAAGGCCCUGGAAGAGGAAUACCGGGUGGCAGCAGAGACCGGUCUUCCAACUCCGACAGACUCGCAGCCAUUGCAGGUUAUUUUCAAGCAACGCCCGCAACAGGCAAUGACAGCGGCCACUGCAGCUUCUUCUGAUUUGUUUUCUAGUCAAGGGGACUCGACGGAUACGGAAGUGACACUGGCGACUGGUAGCACCCUGCACAAGCCUAUCGAGUACUUUGACGUGUUGGCGCCGUCAGAUCAGUCGUACUCCAAGAGCAUUUGUGCUCCAGAUGGGUCUUUUAUGGAAGCGAGGCUUAUGGAUAUUCCAGAGCUGCCACGGGCGAACUCCGCCGUACUGCCCGACGACUUUCGUGAAAGUUACAUGGAGGAGAUCAUGGAGGAGGUAAAGCGGUCCGAACAAAUCCGGAAUGAGGAAGGUGCUAUGAACAUGAAUCUUCUACCAGCACUAAAGGAUGGCUCAACGGCAGCAGCGAAAGCAUUCUCGACGUUUAUUCCAGGCAGCAGUAUGCUCACGCACCUGAUUGAUGGGUCUAUGAUCACUGAUCCCUUUGGUCGAUCCGACGCGUCUGGCAUUUUUAGUGACUUUCCUGAGUUUGAUGACGAUGAGCUGGUUAUCGAUCCAGACCCUCGUCUGUUUCAGCGGAAGUAUACACACGGCCAGAGACUCAAAACGGAUACAAAUGAAUGCUCUGUGCUGCGAAUUGCGAUGUCGACGAUCGGAGAAGCAGACGAAAGUAAUCUGGACACGGAAGUGCUCAUGGAAGCGAUUUCGAUGGAUAUAUGGGAUUCCAAUCUCAAGUACACGUCUAACUUACCGAUUAGUGAACAGCUGAACCUCCCAGAGAGCACGUCGGAGGUACAAGAAAAUGGAAACGUAUACCCAGAGAGAAGAACUCAGGGAGUCGAUGACGUUCGUGCUAGGAAGGGCGACGCAAAAAUUACGGUACUGCACGAUUCAAAACCAGCUUUGAUCGAGAGAUUGAAGGUCCAAACAACGAUUUCAACAGCGUCGUCGUCUGAAGCAUCCACCCCGGUUAACAAGUUUAGACAACGUCUUGUGCAUCGGGCAUCAAUGUCUCCCGAUACGGGGCGCGCUGCGCAGCGUGCAAUUCAGAAGCAUUUUGGGGCGACCCCAAGCUGUGAGAUAAAGCUGAAAUGCAUGGUAGGCGGCCGAAUUGCUGUCUCACCGGAGCUGGAGCCCACCGUCCGGCGUGAUGUCAGCGAGCUAGUGUCAGAACUCCAGGCAGCUUCAGCCACCGCCGAGAAAACCAAGCAACUCACGCGAAGACUUUGGCCAGCAUCUGGAAUUACAAGAGGCGACAUGAAUCAAGUGCAGACGACGAUUACAGCGUGGUUGAAUUGCUUUGACCCAGCCGCACAGCACGAAGAGCCAGAAGGAAGCGAUGGCUCCGUUGAAAAUAAAAGCGAACUCACGAAUGGUCCAACGACCACGGCUGGAUUUGCUCGUGGCGAGGCACUGGUAGAUGGCGACGGUCUUCCGCUAACGAGAGGUGAUUGGAAUUUGGUGCGGACACUUGUGUCGAUAUACUUCGCUGUUUGGGCAGCGGGGUCGAAGCUACACUUGCACCCUUUGAAUCCGGAGGAUCACGCGAAUGGCAAGCUUCAUAGAUUGUAUGAAAGCGAAAUGGGGAUUACCUUAACGCUGGAGCCGCGUUAUCAGUGGAAUGGCGAAGGUGACGAUUCAGAGAUCGAAUCAGCUACAGCAGCUGAAGCCGAGGCAUUUGUGGCCAAAUAUGGUGUGUAUAUUAAUCCGGACCUUGCUGCUGAAGUGUGUAACCUUCGCCAAUUUACUGGUGCAUUGAAGAUUGUGUUGGAUGAAGUCGUAUCCAGUGCUGAUAUGGAGGAGACGUACGAUGACAUUGUGAGCUGGAUAUCGGAGAAGAACAGUGGCAAAGCCUUCUCAACAUUAAACGAGCGUGAUUCGUUGUGCCUAUUGUUGCACCUGCUGGACAUAUUGCUGAAAAAGUGCCCCGAGGAAGCCAUUGAAAUGUGUGUGAGUAAGUACCCAGUUUUAUACCCGUGGAACGUCGAGCAGGCUCUCUUUGGGACCGAGCUCGACUGGGAGGCGAUUGAUGAAAGUGGGGAUGGAGUCCGUGAAAUUUUGAAGCCAAACACAGUGGACCAGACAUCCAAGUAUUUCAGAUACCUGGUACGGCUUCUCGAAGAAAAGGGCAAUGAAGCUGGCAGAGACAGGCAGGUUGUUAGUCGAUGCUUGGAACUUUGCUUCGCUGGCAACGGUGUGGUGGGCGAUUUGUUUGAGGAAGACGAAAGGUGCAGUCGCAUUGCUUGGGUUGCGGCACUUGUUCGCCAACCCCACAGAUUCAUGUAUGACCACGAGAAGUGCUGGAAAAUGUUUGCAGAAAGCAAAGCGUUUCCCGCUCUCCUGGAGUUGGCAAUGCUAUCUUUGCAAGAUGAUGGCGGAUCGGCUGCAUUUGAGCGUGGCUUCAAUGAGUUGUCGGAGCUGGUGACUCUUAUCACGAAGAGCAAUGAGUUGCUCGUUUUCGACACGCUAUUUGCACGGGUUGCUGUCCUGCCGCAACGCUCUGAGGAUUGCUUGUCCAAGAUUCUAAGUCAAAUCCAAGCGUCCGUGUCUAUCGAGAAUCGUAACGACCACCUAUGCUCUGCGGUUAUUCAUGCUUUGCUGAACUCGGUGAACCUUACUUAUGGCAUGCGCCUGCUUGCACGGUUCCCAUUGCUGUUUGCUGCCACACCGCUGCAAACGUACCACACGAUUGUUGAAACGCAUGUACUUACGGAGCGUCAGAAACAUGAAAUCGUUCAAAUUUUGGAAAUUGUGGAUACCAACGUCUGGGCGUCGUACAAGGAAGACGUAUCUGCAACGAGCUCAGUAUCCUUUGCCCCGCAGCUUGCAUCAAUUCUACAGCUUGAAAUGGGUGCACUUGUUCCAGCAAUGAGCCGAGAGCAGUACGAGAUGUGGGAAAACAAAUGCAAGCAGUAUGACGAGGAGACAACGACACGCCGGAUAAGUAAGGUCGAGGGAGCUGGAGUGGAUAUUGGCCCUCUCUCCGGCCCGGUCAGUCCACAACGGAAUAAAAGCAACAGAGGCUCAAGAAUGUCAGUCGGCGCGGCUCCUGUUGCCUGUCGAUCGUUUGAGUACCGGAACAGUGACUGGGGUGGUGAGGUACAAUUGCACGAUUCAACCUGCGGGACGUGCGAUUUACCUGUGGUGAUUAUCAGUGACAGCAACUCCAAUCUGGAUGUGGUAUUGCUUCCUUGUGGCCACGCCUUCCACGAACAAUGCUUGGAAGAUAACUCGUGCCCAGUUUGUUUAGAGGAAAAUCUGAGCACGCUGGAUUACUUUUGAUCGGAUGAGUGAAGGAUACGGUAGAACAGGUGUGCGUCUAGCUUUUUAGCAUUGGUUGCUGCGGUGCUCUUAUCAUAUUUGUUGUUACUUAUUCAAUUGAGUAAGGUGAAUUUGUGCAGGCG